AUGUCUUACCAUCAAGACGAAAGUGGUCUGGAACAGACCACCAUAAUUGGAUACAACAACCAUACCGACAAGAAUACGGAAAUCGAGUCAACAAAUCAAGGAGAUAGACCAGAAACCGAGAUUGCUCAGUUUCACUUGGAUUUACAAAACUGUAGAUCGUUUGAGGAGUUCCAAUUUCUCAAUAAAGUGAAAGAAGGAACAUACGGAGUCGUUUACAGAGGAAGCGACAAGAAAACCGGCGACAUAGUGGCCCUCAAACAUUUAAAAACAAAUAAUGGGACGACAGGAUUCUCCAUCGCCGUGCAGAGAGAGAUCGACUUAUUGAUGAAAUUGGAGCAUAUCAACAUUAUUACAGGACACGAGGUUGCGGGGGGCCCCAGAAGCGAAGAGGUAUUCGUAGUAAUGGAGUAUGUACCUCACGAGGUUAAGAAUUUAAUGCAGACAAUGCGCAACAACCGACUUACGUUUGGCCCUGAACACGUUAAGUGUAUUAUGAUUCAGUUGCUCACCGCCGUUCAGUAUCUACACGACAGCAGCGUAUUUCACCGGGACCUCAAAACCUCCAACAUUUUGCUUACCGAAGAUGGUAUACUCAAGGUGGCAGAUUUUGGCUUGGCCAGAGAAUACGAAGGCCCUGAUAAGCAAUAUUCGCCAGAUGUAGCAACACUAUGGUACUGUGCACCAGAAGUCCUGCUAGACAGCAAGACAUACGGCACUCCUCUAGAUAUGUGGAGUGUCGGUUGCAUUUUUGCUGAGCUGAUUACUUUGCAGCCACUGCUGCCCGGGACCUCUCAAUUCAAUCAGUUACAAAUAAUGUACGAAGUUCUGGGGACACCUUCAGACACAGUUUGGCCCGGCUACAGCGCAUUGCCAUUAGUUAGUGAAAUAAUAUUCGACGAGUAUCCAUCGGGCGGGUUGCGCAAAAAGAUUAACGAGGACUUACUCUCAGAAAGUGGAUAUUCUUUGCUGGUUGAAAUGUUGACUUACGAUCCAUCAAGACGGGCGACAGCAACUGAAGCCUUGUUGCACCCUUAUUUUAACGAGGAGCCGGCGGCAAUAGAACCGGCCAUGUUCAUGUCUUCGCUGUGGUUAGAAGACUCCAGCUCUUACACGGAAGACCACGAGCAGUACUAUGGCUCUGACCCAGAAGACCACGGGAAGUACUAUGGCUCUGACACAGAAGACCACGGGAAGUACUAUGGCUCUGACACAGAAGACCACGGGAAGUACUAUGGCUCUGACACGUGGUACGACGAGAGUUACUACAGCACUGACUCGGAAGAGGAUCUCACCUCUGACGCAAAUUCUUCCGUUGGCAGCAUUCUGAACACCGAUGACGACACGACGGAAUAA